AUGGUUCCUUCUUCGGAACAUGUUGCCGAGGAGCUCGAUAAGGAGUAUAUUGCAAAGUUAUCAGCCUUUUUGAAGGACUUCACAGUAGCCAAAUCGGAAGUUCCUGGAGCAAUCAUGAGGGUAAGUUACAAGGCUUGGGUAUUCAAUGCCCCACUACUUAUUCAAAAUCUCUUCAAUUACCUCAAGGGUUUGGGUGUCCAGGCUCACCGUAAGAAAUUGAAGAGCAUAGACGAAGCAUUUGAUGCCGAAACUAAGGCUGUGUUCAAUUGCACAGGCAAUGGUGCUGCGACCUUAGAGGGAGUUUCAGACAAAAAAUGUUAUCCUACAAGAGGCCAAGUUGUGGUGGUGAGUGCUCCCCACAUCAAUGAGUGUGUUCUGUUAUGGACAGACACUUCAACAUACAUAAUAAAACGCCCAGAUUCAGCUUUGCACGAGGUAGUCUUGGGUGGCUUUUACCAGGGUGGAAAUUCCGAUCCAAAUACAUACGGCGACGAGUCAAAGAACAUCCUUGAGCGGACAACUCGCCUUUUUCCCAAAUUGUUAACAGAAAACCCCCUCGGUACUACUUUAGAGAGCCUUCCAGUGAUAAGAGUGGUUGCUGGUAUAAGACCCACAAGACAAGGUGGAGCAAGAAUUGAAACUGAAACCAGAAAUGGAGGUCAAAUUAUAGUUCACAACUAUGGAGCUGGAGGAGAAGGAUAUCUCUGUGGCUUGGGAAUGUCGCACGAAGCGGUUCAGUUAGCAAUUAGUUAA